UUAAACCUAGAUUAAGUAGGGUUUACAGAGCUGGCGGCAAAUCUGGCCUCCAAAUACUUGGGAAAUGCUUUUGAGUUUCACUGCUUAGAUCUUACAACCUUGCACAGAAACCACAUGAUCUAAAUAAACAGCUCUCCUGGUUCAUCAGGACAGAUAACACACACAAAAUCUCUGCGUUUGUUACUUAGCGAACUACAUAAGAUUAGAGAAACUAAUCAUUUCCGUUUCCGAGGAAAGGCUCCCCUCCGCGCAGUUGGAACUGGAUGAUGUGCCCGGUGCGGGGCAUUGUGGGAGUAACGAGGCAGCAGCCCGUGGGGGGGGCGGGGCUCACGCCCCACUUUGAGGAGCAACAAGCGCGUGCGGACUGGGCGGAGAGCACCACCACCUCAAAAGUCUGUGACUCGGCCGGAGUUCAUGGCUUUAGCAGUUGCGGGGUGCCUGUUUCUCUGGAAGGCCUCCUCCAGGACGGAAAGGCAGGAAGAAAUGAAAAGAUUGCAGAAUCCUUUAGAACAAGUUAAUGAUGGAAAAUAUUUACUUGAAAAUCACCAGAUGGCCAUGGAUAUGGAGAAUAAUAUUGAAAAAUAUCACCUCAAUCUACAGCCCCUGGAAUCAAAGGUGAAAAUCAUUCAGAGAGCCUGGCGUGAGUACCUGCAGAGGCAGGACCCUCUGGAGAAGAGGAGCCCGUCCCCAUCCUCUGUGUCCUCAGAGAAGCUGAGCAGCUCUGUCAGCAUGAACACCUUCUCAGACAGCAGCACACCCGGUAGCUCGUCAGCACCAUGGAGAGGUCUGGACAGAGUGGGACAACGUGGGACUGUGACCAGGGCAAGCAAUCUGACGGUGAUUACCGAGAGGAUGGGAUGGAUCUAGGCAGUGACGCCGGCGGCAGCAGCAGCAGCAGCAGCCGCACCAGUUCGCAGUCCAACUCCACCAAAGUGACCCCUUGCUCCGAGUGCAAAUCCUCGUCGUCGCCG